AUGAAUCCACGGCGGGGACGCAGUACGCGGAAUACAGAUUUCGAAGAGGGCGAAAAGGGAAUUGAGACCGUGUUCGGAGAUGUUGGACCAGGCGUCGAAGGAGGUGGGAAACCAGCCUACGGGGACCGAGACACGGAAUAUGACGCCCCAGAAAACGAUGGUGACGAGGAUGGGGUAGCAGAUGAUGGUGCUGUAGUAGAGGGCGUGCAGGGCUUGGAGGGGGCGCGGAAAGCGCGAGAGCAGCGGGAUGCCGCUGCGCGCGUAGGUGAAGGUGUGUAG